AUGCAAGGUAGACGUUCGUUGCAAUUUGAGUUGAUUCAUAUAGACCAAGAACUUGAGAGUACUUUAAGAGAACAGCGGAGGCAGCAAGUGUUUCAAGAACCAGCCAUGGGGGAAGUCAAUAAUGGUAGAGAUAAUCCUCCACCAUUGCCACCACCACAACCAAGGCUCAUGCGUGAUUAUACAAAGCCAACGGAGUACAACGCACCGUCAUGCAUUGUUUUGGCUCCAAUUGCGCAGCGAUUUGAGAUUCGUCCACAAAUCUUUCAGUUGCUGCCUAUAUUUCUUGGGAAGGAGGAAGAAAAUCCAUACCAUCAUAUCAAGGCGUUUUUCAAGCUAUGUUCCACAUUCACAUUCACCAAUGUUACUGAAGAGCAAAUUCGACUUCGGUUAUUCCCAUUCUCUUUGAGGGAUAAAGCAAGCAGUUGGUUGGAUUCUCUUCCCGAAGCAUCUAUCGACACAUGGACAGAAUUAUCCAAGAAGUUUUUGUCCAAGUUCUUCCCCGCUCGAAGAACCAAUGCUCUGAUCAAUGAAAUCAUGAGCUUUCGGCAACAAGAAGGUGAACAGUUUCAUGAAAGUUGGGAGCGAUAUAAGGACUUGUUUCUUCAAUGUCCUCAUCAUGGUUUCAACACUUGGCAAAAGGUUCAUUAUUUUUACAAAGGUUUGAACUCUCAAUGUAGGAGUUUGGUUGAUUCAACAGUUGGUGGAACCUUGAUGGACAAAACUCCAGAAGAUGCCAUUCAUGCCUUUGAAACUAUAUGUGAAAAUUCUGAGCAUUGGGAUUUUCCUACAAAAGAUUCGAGAGUUCCAACUGCAUCGUCAACAAAAAGAGGAGGCAUUUAUGAAGUUGAUACAAGGACGGGUUUAGAGGCACAAGUAGCAGCUCUCACGAAGCUUCUCACACCACUAGUAAGCAAGAUAGCCACGCAGCCAUGUAGCUUAUGUGCAAGCAUCGCCCAUGACAUGGAACAUUGUCCAGCAAAUCCUAAUCUAGAAGGCAUGCAUGAGGUCAAAGCAUUUAGUGGGAGGCCCCGAAAUGAUCCGUACUCAAAUAAUUAUAACCCGGGAUGGAGAGAACACCCGAAUUUUUCUUGGAGAGAUUCCCAAAAUAGCAUGGGACCAUCCAAUUCAACAAAGCAAUAUCAGCAGCCUUAUCAAGCUCCUCCAAUUCAACAAGAAGACCCUUCUAUCAAGGACAUGCUAUCUCAACUCUUAAAGAAAACCGAUCGGUAUGAACAGGAAGUUGUAUCGCUUAGACAAAGUCAGACGGUGUUGGAAAAGGCUCAAUCUAAUUUUGAGAUUCAAUUGGGACAAAUAGCUACUACUUUGAACAAAUUGGAGCGAGCACAAGGGCAAUUUCCAAGCCAAACAGAAAUUAAUCCAAGAAAUAAUGAGCAUGUGAUGGCCAUUACAACCUUGAGAAGUGGGAAGAUGAUCGACAACAAAGUAGAGAUGCAUGAGAAAGUUGAAAAGGAGAAGGAGAGGGGAACGGAUAUGAAUGACCAGCAGCAAAAUCAUUAUUUUAAGAGUUCAAAACAGCCACUAUCUGAGCCGAAAAGAACUUUAUUUGAUCCAAUGCUUAAGGAUGUGGUGUAUGAUCCUCCUCUACCAUUCCCUCAGCGUGCAAAGAAGGGAAGAAAAGAUCAGUACUCGGGGCAUAUAUUGGACCAAUUCAAGAAAGUUCAAAUCAACAUUCCAUUGCUUGAAGCCAUCAAAGAAAUUCCAUCAUAUGCAAAAUUCUUGAAAGAACUGUGUACUCACAAGCGAAAGUAUGGAAAAUAUGAAGAGGUGAUGUUAUCAGAAACGGUAAGUGCAGUGCUUCAACGAAAAUUGCCACCAAAACUCAAGGAUCCAGGAAGCUUUACAGUUCCGUGCAUUAUUGGAGAAAGAAAAUUUGAACGAGCCUUACUUGACUUGGGAGCAAGUGUCAAUCUUAUGCCUUAUUCUGCGUACAAACAUCUAAGUUUGGGGGAGUUAAAACAUUGUUCCAUGUCUUUACAACUUGCAGAUCGUUCUGUGAAAUAUCCAAGGGGCAUUAUUGAAGAUGUACUUGUCAAGGUUGAUCAAUUCAUUCUUCCUGCUGACUUCAUUGUUUUGGACAUGGAAGAAGCUGAAAUUCCAGGCAAUGAGUUACCUCUCAUUCUUGGUAGACCUUUCAUGGCUACUGCAGGUACUAAAAUUGAUGUAAAAGCUGGUUUACUAACCAUGACUGUGCAGGACGUUACCGUAAAAUUUCAGAUCUUUGAAGCUUUGAAGAGUCCUUUGGAUCCUCAUGAUUGUUUUCAGAUUGAUGUUGUGGAUCGAAUGAAAGAGAAGUUUUAUGUUGCUCCUGACAAAGCUUUACCUCGGAAAUAUUUUGAAUCAAACCAAAAGGUUUUGUGGAAAAAGUCAAGGUUCACGUUAUUUCCCACUAGGCUUCGAUCUAGAUGGACUGGACCUUAUCUCGUUGUGCAAGCGUAUCCCCAUAGUGUUGUGGAAAUUCAAGAUAUGAAGAGUGGUUUGACAUUUAAGGUGAAUGACCAUCGUUUGAAGCAAUACCUGGACCCUAUCCCACAAAUGAAUGAGGAGGUUUUGUACCUCAAUUGUGGCAGAACUAAGCACCAUAAUUUCUAG